AUGGCUGGCAAAAAGGGCACGGAGAACACCAAGAAGGUGGCCGGCAAUGCAAAGAAGGCCGAGGCAGCCGCCCAAAAGGCUGCAGCCGAGAACGCGAAGCGCGAAGCUGCCGAGUCGGAGCAGUGGUCAAAGGGAGCCAAGAGCAAUGCGAAAAAGGAAGCUGAAGCUGCCAAGAAGGCCGAGGCGGCCAAGAAGAAGGCCGAAAAGGACGCCCUGAUGAAGGAGGAGGAGGCCAGCCUUCCGUCGCGGAACGAGCCCAAGAAGAGCAAGGCGCCCGUCAAGAAGUCGCGUGGCCUGGACCUGUCGCAGCUGGACGGCGACGACCCCUCGUCCAAGUCGGCCACGACCCUCAACGCCUCGGGCAUCGACAAUGCCCUCGACGCACUCACCCUCGCCAGCGGCUCCAACGACGCCAAGGUCGACAAGCAUCCCGAGAGACGGUACCCCGCCGCCUUCGCCAAGUACGAGGAGCGCCGACUCGCCGAGAUGAAGGCCGACGGCAGCGGAACCGGUCUCCGCCUCGACCAGCGCAAGCAGCGCAUCCGCAAGGAGCCGUAA